UCCGGUGGCGGUGUGGGUAUCUCGGCCGUGAUGGCGGCGGCGCGGAAGGAGAGCAGCGGGGGGAACGGAGCCCGGGGCGGCGGGGGGAGACCGCCAGGAGGGAAGGCGGCGGGCACGGAGCCAGCGCCGAGAGCGAGGAAGAGGAAGCGGAGGAGGAAGCAGAAGGAGCUGCCGAUGGAUCCGAAGCAGGAAGCGGGGCAGGAAGCGGAGCAGGAAGCAGAGCAGGAAGCGGAGCAGGAAGCGGGGCAGGAAGCGGGGCCGGUGGGCAGCACGUCGGGGCGCUCGGCGGCGCUGCGUCGGCGCAUGGAGCAGCGGUUGCUCGGCGCUCGGUUCCGGUACCUCAACGAACGGCUCUACAGCUGCAGCAGCCGCGACGCCGCGCGGCUCUUCCGGGACGAUCCCGAGGCGCUGCGGCUCUACCACGACGGCUUUGCCCGGCAGCUCGCGCGCUGGCCCCAGAAACCCCUCGACCGCAUCAUCCAGCGCCUGCGGCAGCGCCCGGCCUCGCUGGUGGUGGCGGAUUUCGGGUGCGGGGACGGAGCGCUGGCGCGGAGCCUCCGGAAUGAGGUGCACAGCUUCGACCUCGUGGCGCUCGGCCCCGGGGUCACCGUCUGCGACAUGGCACAGGUGCCGCUGCCGUCGGCGUCGGUGGAUGUGGCGGUGUUCUGUCUGGCGCUGAUGGGCACCAACCUGCAGGAGAUCCUCCAGGAGGCGAAUCGCGUCCUGCGGAGCGGGGGUUCGCUGAUGGUGGCCGAGGUGGCGAGCCGCUUCGAGGACCUCCGCGCCUUCCUGAGCGCCAUGGCUCGGCUCGGCUUCAAAUCCGUCUACAAGGACCUGUCGAGCCCCUUCUUUUUCCUCCUGGAGUUCCGGAAGAGCGGCGCCCCCUGUGGCCGCCCCCUGCCCGCCCUGCGCCUGUGGCCCUGCCGCUACAAGAAGCGCUGAGGGGGCGGGGCUAGCUCUGGCCACGCCCCCAUCAGGGACGGUGGGGCCGGGGCCUCAAGGGAAAGGGCGGCGCUUAAGCGUGGUCACGCCCCCCCAUCCUGGCCCUGAGGGUGCUGCUGGGGGCGGGGCCUCUGAGCAAGGGGCGGGGCUUAAGGGUCUCCUGCAGCCCUGGCUCUGUGAGCGCUGAUGGGGGCGGUGUAAGGGGCGGGGCUUAGCCGUGGCCACGCCCCUGUCUUCUGUCCCGGUUCUGUGGUACGGUAAGGGGUGUGGCCUCAAUGCAAGGGGCGGGGCUGAUACUGGCCACGCCCCCAGCUCUGCAGACUCUGCUGUGGAUGUGACUUCAGGGGAAGGGGCGGGGCUUAGUUGUGGUCACGCCUUCUUUCAGUGACAACGAGGUGUGUCUUUGGUGAAAGGGAGGCGGGGCUUAACUGCUUGGCCACACCCCCUGCCGGCAGCCCCGGCGCUGCGGGUAUUGCAGUAGGCGUGGCCUCGAGGUGAGGGGCGGGGCUUUAAGGAGUGGUCACGCCCUCUGAUGGCAGCCCUGGCUCUGCAAGCACUGCGCUGGGGCGUGGCCUCCGAGUGAGGGGCGGGGCUUAGCCGACAUGCCCACACCCCCUGCAGCAACUGAACCCCAUCGGGGGGUGGGGCUUAAGGGUCUAGCCACGCCCCUUCCCUGCAGCCCCGAUUGGGGCGGGGCUUAGACUGACCACACCCGCUGUGCCCCCAGCACUGCAGGCGCUGUGGAGGGGGCGUGGCCUCCCUGCGAGGGGCGGGGCUUUGUGCCUGUCUGAGUGUAAGGGGCGGGGCUUAUGCGUGGCCACCUCCCCUGCCUCCAGCUGUGGCUGUGCGGGCACUGCAGGGGGUGUGGCC